CAUCUCUCUUCCGUACGCAUCAUUUGCUGAUUAUUAUUGCAAGGAGCAGAAGGUAUAAAAUAAAAGAGCCCUAAAACUGCUUCAUUGUGAAUUUUUCUCAGCUGAUUUUUUUUUUUUUUUGGGUUUUCUGAUCGAAUUUUGUUAUUGGAACUCAAAAUUUCAAAUCAAUAUGGUGGAAAACAAAUCUAUAUAUCCUAGUAUACCCCAUCUUGAUGAUGAAUCCGAAUCUUCUUCAUCUUCCUCUCCCUCUUCUAGGGUUUCUUUUAAUAAUUCCUCUUCCUGUAUAUCUCAAGUUACUCGAAACCCUAUAUCUCAGCAGGUUUCUGAGGUAAGCAAUGAGCACAGUGAAGAGCUUACUUCUACAUCUGUAGUUGGAACUGAUGACCGCAGAAUGAAUGAGCCGGAAACUUCUGAUGCUACCAUAGAUAUAGACCUUGGGAAAGAUAAUUGCAAUAAGAUAAGCUCAGAUUCUGAACCUAAGAAACAAGGUAGAUACUUUUGCUAUGAACCACCUCACUACGAAGAAACUGGAGCCUGGAUACCUGUAUCAGUUCCACCCAUGAUGGAAAGUGGGCAUGAAUGUUAUGGUACUGUUGGUGGAUACAUCCCUGAAGGGGACAUGGGUUGGAGUCAGUGUGUGGGGGAAGAUAAGGAGUUAACCAUGUGGGAUGUGGUACUUGAAAUGUUGCUCGUGGUGCAAGGGAAGGUUAAAGCUCUUGCUUCUGGCGAUAUUCACGGAUGCACCAUUUCAUGGCUAUCAGGACAUAUUCUUGAGCAGGCUUGGAAGGAGAUGGCUGAAACACUUACCCAAGCAGAUUUUGGCAAAAUACAGGAAAUCCUUGAAGCCGUGCCACCGAAAUGGCUGCCUGACAGUUCUAGUCCCUCAUGUAUGUUGUGUAGUGUGAGAUUCCAUGCUCUUAUGUGUUCGAGGCAUCAUUGUAGGUUUUGUGGAGGGAUAUUUUGCGGUGAAUGUUCUAAAGGGAGGAGUCUGUUGCCGGUAAAAUUUCGGACAGAGGAUCCAGAACGAGUCUGCGAUGUUUGCUGUGUACGUCUCGAAUCUGUGCAGUCGUACUUAAUGGACCAAGUAAGUCGAGCAUCGCAGUUUCCGACUCAUGACGUAACAGACCUCAGUACUUUGCGGUCAUGGGUAAACUUCCCAUGGUGUCAGUCAAUGGAGGAUGAAAUCUACAAGGCUUCUAACACGAUCCUUGGUUAUAGCAAGGUAGGUUUGCUUAAACCUGAAAGGUCAAUUCCUCGUGCGAUUUUACGUCAGGCAAAAGGUCUUGCAAUAAUUUCCGUUGUGAAAGUGGGAGUGAUGGUUACAUACAACAUUGGAACAGGCCUUGUGAUUGCUCGCAGAGAAGAUGGUUCGUGGUCGCCACCUUCUGCUAUAUCAUCUUUUGGUGUUGGAUGGGGAGUUCAGGCUGGUGGGGAGUUGACUGACUUCAUAAUUGUCUUAAGAAACAGUGACGCUGUUAAGACAUUUAGUGGAAAUAUGCAUUUCUCAGUUGGAGCUGGUUUCAGUGCGGCUGCUGGCAUUGUUGGACGGGAAGCUGAAGCCGGUUUACGUGCUGGUGAUGGUGGUUAUGCUGCUUGCUAUACUUACAGCUGCAGUAAAGGUGCUUUUGUGGGGUGUUCUCUCAAAGGGAGUAUUGUGACUACUCGUGCGCUUGAGAACUCUCGGUUCUAUGGUAGUUCCUCCAUUUCUGCAUCGGAUAUUCUUCUCGGUUCAUUGCCUCGCCCACCUGCAGCUUCCAUGCUCUAUGACACGCUUUCUGAUCUAUUUCAGAAGCUUGAUGGGUAAUGAGGCUUUAGGUAGGGUUCUGGAAACUCUGUUCAGCAUCUGGUAAAGGCUCGGUCUGCCUAUGUUAGUGCGAACAUGUUUAUCGUACAGGAUGGAAGAUUUUAAGAACUAAAUGUACAGACUAGAGACCUAUUUGAUUGUGUAAAUAGAAUGAUCUGUGAAUAAAUUAACUCUGUAAUACCUCCCAACAUUUUUUAUUGCAUCAUUGAUUUCUCGGGUAAAA